CGUCCAGUCAUGCUUUUGCCGUUACCGCAUUUUGUCUUGUCUUGGUUAGUGUCGUGUUAAUCACAAAAUUCGGGUCACCAGAUAUCUACCUGGUGUCACAAGUAUCGACAUGGUUCCUUCAAGGAAACACAAGAAGCGGCAACAUGAAUGGUAAAUACCUGGUAUUUAGUGGAGGAAACCAAGCGGUACCAUUCAACGAUGACUACUCAAGCAAAGGUCAUGAAUAUUUCGAUGUAUACUCCCCAGAAAUCGCAACGCAUUAUGGCGAAGUUUUCUGGACUGGCCUGAACUUCAAUCCUCUCCCGAAAAAAAUCGUGGACAGAUUCAAAGGAAAGGUCAUAGCGAUAACUGGCUACGAACAAGACCAGGUCAUGGUAUCGCCAGUAGGUCAACCCGGGGUCAACCCUGAUGCUGAUGUCUCCGUUCCGAUUAACUGGGCAUAUAACCACCAUUAUAUAGUAUGGGUGACCGGAAACCAUUCCGAACUGGUUCGAAUACCUAACCCAGAUCCAAACGACGUAACAGUUCAUGGUUCGCCAAAGGAAUGGAUGGUCAUAGACAAACCAUCGGCCAGAGAACGCAUCAAUAAAAACAUACCAACCAAUCAAAUGUUUAGCGAAGGUAACGGCGGCGAAUCGCGCAAAAGUUUCCACGGCUACCCGACCGGAUAUGCACAGCUGAUUGACUCCCCGAAUAUGUGGCAUAUUAUUCCUAUGCAGAUAGAUACAAGGAACCGUGACUGUGGUGUUACUCCGAAAGACAUUAAGAACUGCACUAAUCAUAAAGUACCGGGACCUGAACCCAAACAAGCGAGAUAUGGACUCGGAAUACCAAAAGGUGGAUCCCCCUACUCUGGAAUACUGGAGUGCCCAUGUAACGGUCGAUUUGGCGGGGAUCCAUCAAUUUAUGGCAAAGAUACUCUAACAAAAAGUGUAAAGCAUCAUUAUAUAUGUGUAUCACAGGCAUCCUGUGAUAAUGCAACGGUUGUUAACGCUGCUGAGUGUUUCAGCUCGCUAAGUAUGCUAGGAAUUAAGGUAAAUAAGAACGUGACUGUUUCUACUCCUACGAAUUCAGUUCCAUAUGGAUGCACAGUGCAAUUAUCAUCGGACGGUACAUUGACAGUUACAUAUAAUAGAUUUCAAAGCUCUGCCCAAUGUUCUACCUCUCCUACGAGAUCUGGAACUGCACACUUUAGCAUUGGAACAACUGCCAAAGUAGAUCUAAACAGUACAACAGCAAUGAUCAACAUUUCUGGUCCAUCUAAUGUUUGGUUUGGAAUUGGAUUCAACGCAAGUCACAUGUCUGACUCUCCAUAUACAAUCAUCGUGAGUUCUGUGGGGAUCCAAGAACGCCAGAUUGGUACAUGCGGAAGCGAAGCUGAGCACUGUCCAGGAGAUGCGUUGGAAACUUCUAUUCAUGUAGUGUCCAACAAGGUCUCCGAUGGUAUAAGAACAGUAAUUUUGUCACGACCACUGAAAGGAAAAACUAAUAAACACUACACGUUCGAUCCGUCAGCACAAUCUCAAAUAGAUAUGAUUUCCGCCAUAGGAUCAACAGAAAUAUUUGCAUAUCACAAAGAUAGGACGGCAGGCGUUUUGUCACUUUUGGCUAAGGCUAAAUCAACUUGCAUCUGUGAUAUAGGUAGAAUUAACCAACUGUGUGAAACAAAUGGGACUUCAUGUGACUCAUUCAUAAAGUAUUGCGUACCACCACCUGCUGGUGACCUUCUUCGUCAAAAAAAUCCAACAUGUAACUCAAAGCAGUAUGCUGGUGGUCUACGAUGCUGCAAACAUAAGCGUAUCAUGCUUGAUGCGGAUCAGCCAGUCAGGCCUGAGCUGUUAAGAUAUCACAUGAAAUAUCGAUUUUGGUUCCAAGCAUAUGAAGCAAACGAGGAGCAAGUAUCUCAUUACAAUCUUCAGCGCCUCCACUACCAGACCGAGGCAUGGGCAGGGGAAUAUGAUGUUCCACCUGCCUUUGCACGUCCUCGGAAACCUAUUCCAGGUUACCCUAAUUGGCCAGAAAAUACUCCGACUCCCGGAACCACUUGUACCGGAAAAUGCCCUGAUGGUGAAGAUUGUGAAUGUGUCCACACGAUCACACAUAGAUGGACCGUGAGCAAUAUUCGACUUUUUUAUGUCAGUGGUCAUUGUCACGCACCGUCCUGUAUCUCAAUAUCGCUGUACAGGAACGAUACCGGGCACGAAAUGGAGUUACUCUGCAAACAGGUUCCAGUCCAUGGAAAGGGUAAAGUUUCACACGACAAGUUUGAUGAAACAGGUUACAUCGCCAUUCCGCCGUGUCUGUUUGGCAAUGAUAUGGGUCUCAAUCCUUCGAUUUGGUUGCCACAAAACACUCCUGUGGUCUCAAUAAAACACAACAGGAACACUCACAUGGGUCAUUAUGGUGAAAUGGCAUUGUGGCAGAUGAGAGUAACGUCUUUUUAACCAUGAAUGAAAGUGAUUGUUGACACAUACAUAUCGGCUUGAAUUAACAAUACGCAACACUCUUUAAUCUUAACGAGUUUAAUAAUGAGUGUUUUACUGUAGGUCGUAAUUGUACGUAACUUAGCAAUGAGAUGAUUACUUCAGUCUUCAUACGAUAACUGCAACUAAACAGAAGCUGAACAUGUUUGCUGAUGUUGUUAAUUGUUAGUUUUCUUUGAUUUAGUCGUACGUUAGAAUGCAUAUAUAUAAUAAUAACAUUCAAAUUUGAUAGGCAAUAUGAUGAGAAAAAUAACGCCAACGCCCGGGUGUCCACAGAUUACUUCAAGUGCUUACAUAAGCACAACACUAUCUUGUGAAAGACAACUGUCCGAAAUUCUCAGUUAAUUGUAUUAUACAUAACGUGGAGAUUUUUUUAUAUUCGAGGGAAAGAUCUAUGGAAUUUCACACGUAUAUCGCAAUGUCGCUGGAAUGGCUAUGUCUUCUCUUAAAAGUUUGAACAGAAUUGUUGCAAGCUAUUUUCUGUCAGUUAGUUGAUUUAUUGUUCGUAAUAAUAAAAAUAGGUUACUGUC